AUGUCAAAGGAAGAAGAUGCAGAGGACAAUGUUAGGGCUUCGAUAUACUUUACGGCGCCAGAUCUUGGUCGGCGCGAACAUCCUCCCGUCGCGACACAUGUUCCCGAAGGCUCCCUGGCCGGGGACGCGGGGAAUACGGGAGACGGGGCGGCCGGUUCCCCAGGACUCGGCGGAGGUCAGCUCGCCGGCGUGUCUGGAGACGGCGUAGGGCUGGCGGGCGUUGUUGGAGAACUGGCCAUGGACGAAGAUCACGAUGUCGGGGCAGAUGGCACGUCAGGGAGGGCCACGGAGUUGACGCCGGCGGCGCCUCCAUCGGUGGCCAUGUCGUUCUCCAGCGGCUGGACGGAGACGAGGGGGCGGGCGGCGGCGGCGGCGGCGGCGGCCAUUUCGGGAUAUUUGGGAUUAUGA